AUGUCGACUAUUGGUGAAGGAGUGCUGCAUUGGGAAGAAGAUGGUACAGUUUUAUCCAAGGAACAAAAACAAUUCUACGAAAAAAAUGGAUUUUUGCUAAUCAGAAAUUGUGUCCCCAACUAUGAGUUGGAACGCUUGAAAGAUAGAUUCAGGGAUCUUUGCCAAGGAAAAGAAGUGCCACCAAAUAUGACAGUGAUGAGAGAUGUGACCAUUGCUAAAUCGGAGUUUGUUAGCGGUGAGAAAGCAAUCACCAAGGUCCAGGAUUUUCAGGAUGAUCCAGUACUAUUCGAUUAUUGUCAGUAUAAAGGAGUGGUUGACGUCGUUAAGGACCUUAUCGGGACGAAGAACUCCAAUUUGUUGGCAAUGCACACCAUGUUAAUAAAUAAACCACCUGAUAGCGGAAAACUGACCUCACGCCAUCCAUUGCACCAGGAUCUACAUUAUUUUCCUUUCCGACCAGCGGACUUUAUUUGCUGCGCUUGGACCGCUAUGGAAAGAGUGAACAGAGCGAAUGGUUGCUUAGUUGUGGUGCCGGGCAGUCACAAAGGUGUCCUCCUGCCUCAUGAGUAUCCUAAAUGGGAGGGAGGUGUGAACAAAGCGUACCAUGGUAUCCAGGACUACGAUCCGUCGACUCCAAGACUACACGUUGAAAUGGAAGCUGGUGACACGGUGUUCUUCCAUCCUAUACUUAUUCACGGUUCCGGUGCCAACAGAACUGAGGGAUUCCGUAAAGCAAUCUCGUGCCACUACGCCAAUGAUGAUCUAUGUCGUUAUAUUGAUGUGAAGAACACAACUCAAGAGGAAAUGUCCAAAGAAAUAAUCGAUAUUCUCAAGAAACGAAUUCUAAAACAAGGAGCGGACGCUGAUGACAUGCAAGUUGAUUACGCCCUAGGAAUUUUAUGGCUCGGUGAUAACGAUGGAAACACCCAUAUGGUCGUAACUUCGAACUCUGUCGUCAUGCGUCACUUAAUACUCCUAACUUUAGUUUCUCUGGUGCUCGGCCAGGAUUUGACAUGCCGAACCACUCAAUUCCAGUACUGUCAAGCAAUGCUGUCGUCAGGAGUAGGACUAAAUGACACGAUGUCAGGACAAAUGUUCAAGGAUUACACUGUCCUGUACAAUUGGUUCCUCUAUAAAUGGGGUCUAACACCGGGAAGCACAACAAAUAUGCUGAAUGUGUGCAACCAACUAGAGUUUUUCAAUGGAUGUAUGGGUCAGGAUCGUGGAUGUUUCGCCAUUCAAAAUCUUGUCGGACAAACUGAUUUGAACAAUGCGUUUGCUAUCGAUGGUACUCUAGCUAUGUAUCAAUUCAACUGUGGACCAGGACUUAAUGUACUGCUUCAUGAAGGACUUUCUUGUGCACAAUUGAUCAUCAAUGGAUAUCAGAAUUAUUUACAAGCUUGCGUUACGACGUAUAUGUCAUCAAUUACGUAUGAUUACAAUUAUGGUUGCAAAUAUGUGAAAAAUCUGAUGAACUGUUGGUCGGCCCCGUUCAACGGCGGCGGUCAAAUCCCUUCACCUGACUGCCGUAGAGCCGGGGCCGCUGAUGUUUGGUGGGCAUGCGAAGCGAACCGUGUGUUCUCUCUCAAUCAAUUCCCCAAUUGUGGAUACACUUGUGACGUUCAACGACAAUCUGCACUGUUGGAAAGUCAUUUGGAAACCCAUCAUAAGGUUGAAAAUGGUGUUCACUUCUACAAAAUCCCUGAUUACAUGGGAAUGGUUGACGGAAAAAUCACAAAAGUUGAAGGAGCAUGGAUGAACAACUAA